AUGCAGAAAAGGGACUCAGCGGGCAGAUACGGCAGUGGCUCCUUCAAGGCAGCUAAUUCCCAGCAGCAAGAACACCGAGAGUGAAGCCAGCCCAGCUUUCAAAAACAUCUGGGCCUGCUGGAGAAAAAGAAAUACUGUAAAUUUCGUGCAGAUGGCUAUCAUAAAAAGCAAGAAUUCCUCAAAGCUCUUCAGAAGAAAGCACUUGAAAAAAAUCCAGAUGAAUUCUACUAUAAAAUGACUUGGGGUAAGCUCCAGGAUGAAGUUCAUGUUAUUAAGAAAACUAAGGAAGAAGUAACUCCAGAAGAGCUAAAGCUAAUGAGAACUCAGGAUGUCAAAUAUAUAGAAAUGAAAAGGGCUGCAGAAGCUAAGAAACUUGAAAGUCUAAAAUCAGAGCUCCAUCUGCUGGAUUUCCAGGGGAAGCAACAGAAGAAACAUGUAUUCUUUUUUGACACCAAAAAAGAAGUUGAACAGUUUGAUGUCUCCACUCACCUGCAAACAGCCCCAGAACUAGUUGACAGAGUCUUUUACAGACCCAGGAUAGAGACCUUGCAGGAGGAAAAAGUGAAAGGAGUUACCCAUCAGACUCGACGGAAGUGGAUCGCUAAGGAAAGAAAAAUGCACUGUAACUGCCUGGCACAGAGGACUGAACAAGAGAAGAAACUGUCUGUUGUUGUACAGAAAGGUCAAACAUGAAAAGACCUUAUGGAUAAAACUCAGAAGGUGAAGGAAGAAACAGUUAAUGCCCCAGCCAUUUACAUGUUUCAGAGUCAUGAGAAAGGGUUGUCCCAGGUCACAGAGAAGCCUCCAAUCCAGGUCACCAAGAUGCACCAGCUUUGCUUCUCUGCAGCUCCCCUUGUCGUCCUUGCCACCUUAGUGGUCCGAAAUGAAGGCAAGGAGGCCGAUGUUUCUUCCCCAGUCCUACAGCCCGCCUUCUGCCUGGCGCAUCCCUUCACGGGUCCCUGCAGGAUUCUGUCGAUCAGAUACUUCUACAAUGCCAGCUCUGGGUGCUGUAAGGCCUUUGGAUAUGGUGGCUGCAGAGCAAAGCAGAAGAACUUCGAGACCAGGGAGGAGUGUAUCAAGAUCUGCGGGCAGAGUUCCAAGGCGCUGGCUAAAGCGGACAGUGCUGGAAGAGAAGGAAGUUAA